AUGUUUCUAGAUAGUAUUCUAGUAAAGUUUGAAUUACUUACAGCUCAUCCUUUAGCUAUACUUUUGGUGAUAGGAAUUCUCAUAACUGGUAGUCGAAUUAACCCAACAAUACAGUUCUUUGUUCGAGCUUUAAUAAGUCUAAUAUUUAUAAUCAUAUUUUCGGUUUUUGGUAUUCUUUCUGCAAUAUUUUUCUCAUUAAUCGGUAAACGUGGUCUGAUAAAUUGGGCAACUGCUAGGGCUUAUGCUUAUAUAGCCGGUGGAGCUGUUGGAAUAUCAUAUAAAGUUGAAGGUGAAGAACACAUGCUUACAGGAAAAUCGGCAAUUUAUGUUUGUAAUCAUCAAUCGACCGCUGACCUAUUCGUAUUAGGAAGAAUUUUCCCAAAGGAUUGCGUGAUUGUUGGCAAAGCUGAAUUAAAAUAUGUGCCACUAUUAAAUAUAUAUAUGGUACUCGGUAAAUCCAUAUUUCUCGUUCGGAAAAAUCGUGAAAGUUCCGUACAAGCUUUAAUAAAAGCUGCAGAUGAAGUUAAACACCGCAAGGGCACGAGAUCUCAUCUCAAGGAAGCUGAACUUCUUCCGUUCAAAAAAGGUGCUUUUUAUAUGGCUGCACAAGCUGGAAUCCCUAUAAUUCCAAUAGUAGUAGCCAAUUAUAGUGAUAUCUAUAGUUCAAGUCGAAGAAUAUUUCGUGGUGGUGAAUUGCAUAUUAAAGUAUUACCACCUAUUGAAACAACAAAUAUAAAUAUUGAUGAUAGAGAUCAAAUAAAUUCUUUAAUGGAUAAAACUCGCGAAAACAUGCUAAAAACUUUACGCGCUAUUACUCCAAAACAUAAGGUUCCAUCAUUAAAUGUUGAUAUUAAACCUAGUAAUGGUGAUAUAAAGUUAAAUUAG